AUGGCGGCACAUUUGAACUCUUUCAAUGCCAUCGAGGGAUUGCCAAAGCAAUCCGACGUUGUCGUGGUCGGUGGCGGCAUUCACGCAUUAAUAUACGCCAUCCACGCCCGUACAAUCGAAAUGAAGGAAGGAAACACAGGCAUGCUGAUAGUUAUACACCCAUUAGAGCCUGCGACCAACUUUACCGUUCUCGAGAAGUCAGACACUCCAGGCUACAAGAUUGGGGAGUCCACUUUGACCGUCUUUGGCCUCUGGUCGAAGCUUAUUGGUAUUGACUCCCCAAUGCUCUGGCGUCUUUUUGGACCCAAGGAUGGCCUUGCCUUCUAUUACUUCGGUCACACUGAUGAUCCCGAAAAAUAUACCAACUUCGUUGCCAACGGUCCUCCUGGAGACUUCGUGCCAACAUUACAAAUUGAGAGAAAGGUCAGUGAGCUUAUGCUCACUCUCUUUGCCCAACGACUAGGAAUCACUGUCCUACAUGGCAUGGUAGCCAUCAUUGACAAUGAGACGGUACACCAAGAAGGUGGAGACAAAGACACAUCAUUGAAGGUGUUGGAUAAGGAGAGCAUGGUGCAAGAAAUCAUCGACACUCGUCUGUUGAUUGAUGCCACUGGUCGCUUCCACCGCUUCAUCUCUAAAGGCAAACAACGUGUCCAACGACCUGAAGGUGCUGAAGGAUUCAACACGUCCGCAUUUUGGGCGUAUUUUGACUGUCCUGUCGACGAAAAGGAGAUUCCACUCAGAGAAUACGAAAGCGUCAACACAAAUCAUAUUUGUGUUCCCGAGGGAUGGGCUUGGGUCAUUCGACUCCCGACUUGGGAGGGAACACCGCUUCCAAACCUCACCAAGAUGAUCAACUACCUGCUUGAUCUUAAUGCUGCGAAGACACCUCCAGAUGCAUAUCCAUCGACGGCCGAACUUGUUUCGAUGUUCGACUUGAAGUUCCGUUGGGUUGUCAGCAUCGGCUUCGCUCUUCGAUCAGAUGUCGUUUAUCCUUCCAAUAUCUCCGAAUACGGAAGCUGCGAGGCUGCCCAAAAGUUCAGCUGGGUAGUCUCCCGUUAUCCAAAGGUUUGUGAUUUCAUGAAGAAGUUCACAUUGAUCAAGGAUUUGUACGGUCCCGGCACCACAUGGUACACUCGGAAGAACCUUGCUUUCCGGUCUCCUCAAGUAAGCGGUCCUAAUUGGAUGGCGAUUGGCGACGCUGUUGGCUUCACAAAUCCAUUGUAUUCCCCAGGUAUCAAUGCAAACAUGGCAACCAGUAUCUUUGUUGCUGAACAGACCAAGGAAUACCUCAAAGCCGGCGAUACCAGAAAGGAUGAAUUGCUUGCAAAGUACGAGAACUUUUGCAAGGAUCGUGUUCCGAAUCUUCAGCGAAUGAAUGUCUUCAACUAUAAGUUGAUGCGUUCUCCUCUGCUUGGUCCCAUUGGCCCUCUUUUCCAAUACUUGAUCGGUACAGGCAAUGCGCGAUUUCAAGGAGCCUCGAAGUACACACUAGACAACUGUGCUGAGCUCCUGACAACUUGGGACUGGGGUGCGAACGAACCUGAAUACAUCCACAUAGCCGACAUCAUCUGCGAGAUCCUCGAAGGUGCUGCUGAUACUCCAUUAUCUCCAGCACAACUGUUCUUGGUUGAGAUUGUUUCUCAAUGGGGUAUCAAGAACACCAUGGCGACUGGCAAGUAUAAGGGUCGGUGGAGCGGUCUUUUCCGUUAUUAUAAUGACGAUCUGGUUUUCUGUAAGCAUAAGAUUGACCGGGAUGUCUUGGCUCGUCGUUGUGAUAGCUGUGGGGAGUGGCGUAUGUUGAGACCAGACGCUCUGAAGUGUCCGUUUUGUGGCACUGAGCAUAACAUCAAGAAGUGUACAAAGGUCCUGUAUAGCUCUUGA